AUGCGUGAGCUACUGAGCAGUCAUCAGUCGGAGUGUUUUUUUCCAGAAAUCUCUGAUGAAGUCUUUCUAAGCCAGCGUUUGGUAGUCAGAAGGAGAUUCAGCAACAGAGUUUUUGAUCAAGUUCGUUGGAAAUCUCUACUGUUCCAUAGACCAACCGUCUAUCGCAACGAACAGGCAUUAGGGCCGUUAACUGCAUCUGUGGUCUCAUUCAGGCUUGGGCAACCUGGCAGUACCCCAGACCACGUGCUUCCUUCUGGUGACAUGGCAGAAUUCCAACACCUCGUUUUCCGUGUUGCUUCAUCUGGCAAUUCUGCCGCGCUGGAGCAGAUGUUUCAGAAUGACCCGCAGCUCGUCAAUCGACCGGACUUUGAUGGUAAUAUGCCUCUCCAUUGGGCCGCGCUGUCCGGUUCAACGACUGCUGUCCAAGUAUGUUUAGACGCACUUGACCGCCGUGAUGAUCUAGAUGUGGAGACCGAGGUUCAACGCCAGAAUUUUAUGGUAUGUUGUCAUAGCAUCUUUCCUCAAAUUCGACAAUGUCAGAACCAAGAUGCCGUGUGCUGUGCGGUAACCAGUGGUAACUUAGAUUCUGUGAAGUUGUUGUUUUCAUAUGGUGGGCGAACCGACUAUCGCUUCUCAAACACAGUCCCGGUGCUCAUCGAGGCUCUGCACGGUUCGAACGUCCAGCUCACCAGUUUUCUUCUAGAUACACUGGACGUGGAUUUCGACCGCUCGCGAAAUGAUCGAUACUGGGUUGAACUAUUGAAGCCUGAUCUGAUCGUAUCUUUGGCGCAUUAUAAACUGUUACAAGCGCAUGCGGUUCCCUACGAUGUGAAAGUCUUUUGCGAAAUUUGUGACGCCCUAUUGGAGUUUACCGUCGAGAAUCCUGGUCUGGAAGAAUUCCUAAUCUACCUUUGCGAAGAUGCAUUCACCCAGUUUACAGCACAUAUCACCGUGUUGGCGAACUAUUUUCGACGUGUCAGUUGUUUUUUCUUGGAAAAACUGGUUCCUCACAACGGAAAUCUCGACUGUGUGCACCGUCUGCAACGCUUCAACGUAUUUCAGUCGCCAGUUUCGGCCGCUGGCUGGUUGCAUGUGCUAACUGAAUGGGGUUUAUCUCCAAAACGACUGUCUUCUGUGCUCGGACAAGACAGUGUACUUCUAGAUUUGAUUGGCCUGAAUCAACAGGAUAAUUCGAGCUAUUCGAAACCCAUAAUUUCCGAUCCCAGUUUGCUUCCGCUUGUCUUGUAUUUAGCUGUAUUAGCUUUGAAAUUUCCAUUCCCCACUUGGUUAUCCAGCUGGAAUGGAUUCUUUUCCAAGGUUUGCAAUUCAGAUUUUUCAUUAUCUACCUCAUUAGAUCUUCAUGCUACACAACAUUCUGGAUCUGUUUUUGACUUUUUUUGGCGCGAUGUGUUCCCUUUUAUCUGCGGUCGAGCUAUGUUUGUACUCAGUUGUAACGAUCUGUCGCUUGAGAUGAUUGAAACUCAGCUAGACUUACUCUUCGAACACACGUUCUUGAGUGUCUCAUCUACCCACCCCAAACAAGCAGAUUCACAAGCUAUUUUGCUUAUCAAAGUGCUUUCCUUGUUUCCGGCGUCAAGCAAACUUCCGGGGCAUGAAUUAUUUUUACACAUAAUUCGGCAACACAUUUGCCCCUGGAUACCACCUGUGACUUCGCCGUUAAAUCCUACUGGCGAAACUGCCAUCGCUAGCAUGCACACCCUGUCUAACAUUCCAUUAUUGGAAUGUGUUCUCGAAUUCUCUCCACACCUAGUUCGUUUUCUGAUCAGCAGGAUGGACGACUGGUCGGAUCAAACCCGAACUGAUGUCGUGGUUGAUUAUUUGAUUUUAUCGUAUCGCGAAAGCGAACUAACCGCUCAUGUUCCGGAGGACUACCUAAAAUUGUUGAGUCCCAAUUCUCUCGGUACUUCUCGCAGAAGUCUUUUUAGUUUACUUGAAAGCCGUGUGGCAAUUCUUAACAGCGAACCCUACACGUUGCGGGCAAUAAGCAAAAUACAUGUUCGCCUGCAUCUUCGUCGUUUCCAGUUUUCAUCCCGUUAUCAGCCAAGUCUUCGCUCGAUAAAUCAGCUUAUUCAAUCUUUACCAAUCCCUUCAUCAGUGCAAGAGUUUCUCAAAUGUAAUACAUGAUAUUUUUA